UGGUUGGUCAGUUUAUUUCACAAAGCUUAGCUGCGAGGCAGCCAUCUUGAAAAAGGGCAAAUUCUAGCUUUCAGGGGCGUUUAAAAAUGACUAGACAUGGGCAACACUGGAGGCGCAAGAAAAUGGCAAGCAUCAAGUCUCGCGACGUUUGAUUAACAGCUGUCCAGUUGUUGCUGAGGUUGCUCCGAAGCGGUUUGGUCCCUGCAGAAUCUCAAAAGGCAGUAGAGCUUCGUCGCGAUCCUGUUGCUCCCGUGUUUGGGAAACGAGGCAACCAUAGACUUGGCUCGCUCUCCUUUGACACUUUCCUCGUCUCCCCUGCUGCCGUUGACACCAUGGGGAAGAUCGGGCUGCAGUUCAAAGCCACUUUGGAAAAUAUUACAAAUCUCAGACCGGUGGGAGAAGAUUUUCGAUGGUAUCUGAAGUUGAAGUGUGGGAACUGUGGCGAGAUUUCAGAAAAAUGGCAAUAUCUACGAUUAAUGGACAGCCAUCCUCUCAAAGGAGGCAGGGGGAGUGCCACUAUGGUGCAGAAAUGCAAGCUGUGCUCCCGAGAAAAUUACAUAGAUAUCUUAAGUCACACAAUGAAGCCUUACAAUGCUGAAGAUAAUGAGACAUAUAAGACAAUAGUGGAGUUUGAGUGCCGUGGCCUUGAACCAGUGGACUUCCAACCACAGGCUGGAUUUGCUGCAGAAGGCGCAGAGUCUGGCACACCUUUCAAUGACAUCAACUUGUUGGAAAAGGAUUGGAAUGACUAUGAUGAAAAAAUAAAGGAUUCUGUCGGCGUCUAUGAAGUUACCCAUAGAUUUGUCAAAUGUUGAAGCUUUUGUUUUGUGUGGGAUCGUUUUCUAUAUGGCCAUGUUGUCUUAAAUUGCAUUUAUUGAACCUAGAAUAAAAGUCAUAUACUUUC